AGUGAAUCUCAUCCUGUCUCUCUGAUCUUUCUUCAUUCUGCAUUCACUUCACUCAGAGACACCAAUGAGGAGCUUUUAAACAGUGACUGUAUGUGUUUGUUUCUUGAUGUGUGAUUCUGAAAGGAGCUAAAACUCACUCAGUGGGUUGAAGGGCUACGGUGGCUGAUUCUCAACUGUGCUGAUCUGAUCAUUACAGAUGUCCUAAAAGUGAAAGUGGAGUUUGGACUAAAGGAGCCGUUACAGAGAAACAGCACAGCAGCAGUUGGAGGAAAUGGCUGCUAGAAACCCUCUUUCAGAAGAAGAGCUUUCAUGUCCUGUGUGCUGUGAAAUCUUCAGGGAUCCUGUUCUACUGUCGUGUAGCCACAGUGUGUGUAAAACCUGCCUGCAGAAGUUCUGGGAAACUAAGGGGUCCCGAGAAUGUCCAGUUUGUAAAAGAAGAUCCUCAAGGGAACAUCCUCCCUGUAGCCUUGUACUGAAGAACGUGUGUGAGGCUCUUCUAGAGAGCAGGAGUCAGAGAUCUUCAGCAGGGUCUGAGGUGCUCUGCAUUCUGCACAAUGAGAAACUCAAACUCUUCUGUUUGGAUGAUCAGCAGCCUGUGUGUGUGGUGUGUCAUCUAUCAAAGACGCAUAAAAAUCACAACUGCUGCCCAGUAGAUGAAGUUGUGACAGAGUUUAAGGAUAAACUCAAGUCUGCUUUGGAGCCUCUACAGAAGAAUCUGAAAGUCUUAAAGGAAGCUAAACAAGACUAUGACCAAACAGCAGCUCACAUUAAGACGCAGGCCCAGCACACAGAGAGGCAGAUAAAGGAGGAGUUUGAGAAGCUUCACCAGUUUUCUAAGAGAUGAAGAAGCAGCCAGGAUAGCUGCACUGAAGGAGGAAGAGGAGCAGAAGAGUCAGAUGAUGAGGAGGAAGAUUGAGGAGAUGAAUGGAGAAAUAUCAGCUCUUUCAGACACAAUCAGACACAUAGAGAAGGAGAUGGAAGCUGAGGACGUUCUGUUCUUACAGGUAAGAAUCUUUCUUUUCUCUCUCUCUCUUUGUGAUUUAUACACA